AUGUUUAGCGUCAACGAACAGCUCACGGGCGUCAAGUUUACGUACAAUGGCAACCCGCACGACUUUGGCAAGGUCACGACCAAGUACGUGCACACGGCGGGGUUCCAGCCGCCGCUCCCGCCGCCGCUUCCCCCGGACCGUCGCCGCCGUUGCCCCAGGGGCCGCCGCCGCCACUCCCGCGCGCCGGCCAAGCCCAAGUCGCCGCAGCUCUUUGCGCCCUUCACCUUUGACGCGAGCGACAUCAUGGCGGUCGUGUGA